GUAGCUCCGUGAACGAUCCACCGCAGUGCCUGGGACAGACUGAGUAAAAGAGGGAGUGGAGAGGGAUUUGCAGGAUGGGCAGGGGGGCUUAAGGGUAAAAAAACGCAAAGGAGAGAAGGAGAGUAGGGAAAGGGAAGAAAGGAAAGAAAGAGACCAAAAAUCCAGCAAGCCUCCCUGGUGUGAGUUUUUUUUGGUUACUGACGUGUGCGCACGACUCUCGUGGCACUAUGAGUUCAUGCAGCAGCCGUGCGUUGACUAUCCUGUCCACGGUGUUUGGAGCCUGUGGGCUGCUGCUGGUGGGGGUGGCUGUGUCCACUGACUACUGGCUUAUCAUGGUGGAGGGAAUCAUCCUGCAACAGAACCAUAGCAUGGAGGUGAAGAUGGCGCUACACUCAGGCCUCUGGAGAGUUUGCUUUGUGGCUGGAUCAGAGAACGGGAGAUGUGUUGCAUCAGAGUACUUCACUGAACCUGAUAUAGAGAUCACCACAGAAAAUACUGCAAACAUACUGAAAAUGGUUCGUACAGCCACACCCUUCCCGAUGGUGUCGCUCCUCUUUGUCUUCACAGCCUUCGUCAUCAGCAACAUCGGGCACAUCCGGCCUCAGCACACCAUCCUGGCCUUUGUGUCUGGCAUCUUCUUCAUCCUCUCAGGCCUUAGUCUGGUGGUGGGACUGGUGCUCUACAUCUCCAGUAUUAAUGAUGAGGUGAUGAACCGGCCCAGGGAGCCUGAGCAGUUCUUCAAUUACCACUACGGCUGGUCCUUUGCCUUCGCUGCCUCUUCCUUCUUGCUCAAAGAGGGGGCCGGUGUGCUGUCAGUUUAUCUAUUCAUGAAGCGCUACGCAGAGGAAGAGAUGUAUCGCCCACAUCCCGCCAUCUACCGCCCCCGUCUAUCUGAAAGCAGCGACUACAGUGGCCAGUACCUCCACCCAGAGUCCUCUUGGCCUCCACCAAAGAGAGGACGCAGCACCUCUGAGGCCUCCAGCGACAUCUCUAUCCAGCUCAAUCAGACACCACCACCGCCGCCAAAAAGCAGCCUCCAAGUAGGCACCCAGGGCAGCCCACCCUCGGUUUCUUCUUCUGCAGGGAGCUACCAGAUGCAGCCACAGUCUGUGGGCUACCCCUCCACACACACCCUACCCAGGUCGCACUCCUCACACCCCCAGGGCCAAGCUCUUCCAAUGACCAUGCCUCCAUCACCCAUACCUCCCCCUCACUACCACACACACGUGCACAUGAGCGCUUCUCCCUGUUAGGAAGAAGGAGCUGCAGGAAAAGGAAGGAGAGACACUGACUCUUCAUAAUCAUCUGUACUGUACAUUUAGAUGAGGCUGUGAGUAAAUGCUGAGCUUGUAUCACACGUCACUUCAGAUGAAGUGAAGGAAGAGGUGAUCACACAUUAAAAAAUGUAGCUUUGGAACAUUAUGAACCAAGAAGAGGGGCCGUUUUGAAAGUUGAAAUAGAAGAUAUUACAGAAACUGAUGGACUGAGUAAAAAAAACAAUUAAGAGAACAUGGAAUAAGAUAAUGCGAGUCUUAUUGCCAUGUUGGAGAGAGGAAACGUGUUUCCUAGAAAGACAGUAGAGUUUAGGCUGAGGGAAGGAGAUACUAGGGAGGCAGAGUGAAGGAAGGAGACCAAGAGGCUGCGGUAUAAUUGAAGACACUGCAGUGCUGCAGGUCAUUUGUAUGCACUUGGAAAUGUACAAUGCAAAACACAGAUUUUCAAAGACUGAGAAUGCACAUAUUUUCUUCUUUUUUUAAUCUAUAUAAAUCAUGCUGAAACAUGGACUAUGUACAUUUUUUACUGUUGUGAACUAUAUUGUCUUCUCUGAAUUUACUACAUCAUCAAUCCAGAUCCAAAACUCACCAGGUCAAGACAGUGUUAUCAAUACUAUUAAGUAAAAAGUAUUAGUUACAAUUUAACUAAUUUAUUACAUAUAAAGACUGUAGAAUAUAAGAAUGUUGUUCAUAUUUUUUAAAUAAAUAUACAGGGAAAAGUGAAUGACAUGAUGAAAUAUCAUAAGGAGAACUUAUUGUUUUUACAUUUGUUUAAGGCAGAUUUCUAACUUGUACAUAAUGACACAUGAGGACUACUGUUGUAAAUUGUGAAAGACACUUUAGAGCAAAAACAUCAAGAAAAUGUCUGACUCAUUUUGCUUUGAAUGAAGAGUCUGCCACUGCCGCAUCACAACCAACAACACCCCCACAGGAUGCACAGAAUACUGGUUUGAUUACAGAACCGCUGCCAAUUUUGUGGGACUCUGAUGCCCUCUACUGGCUACAGUCCUGCAUUGACUCUGGACCAGCUGUGGGAUUGACUGGCUAUUUCUCAUGCACUUCUCUCUCUUGGUUGACCUGCACUGUAUGUCAGUGCUCAGGGCAGAACAGGUGAUUGAAGCUGUUGUCCAUCUAGAUCUGU